UGUCCCAAAGGAGCCGGCCAGAAACGGGCUGCGGACACGGCUGGGCUCACAGAAGGCAGCCCCUAUCUGGGGAUGGCCCACGAGGCCUUUGGCUCUGAGGACCCUGGGUCAGAGCGACUUCUCCAGCCCGCGCAGGGGGUGUUGGUCUUACUCAGAGGGUCCAGAGCUGCAGUUCAACAGGAUGUCCGAGAUUCUCAGAUAGGGCCCAACUACCCUAAGCAUAGCCAGCAAGGGCAGGCUGUGGCAUGGAAGUACUGGGCUAGGCGUUUGGGUGACCUGAGUCAUAAUCCUGGCUCGGAAUGGGCGCAUACCCUUUGGCGAGGGAUGCGGGCUGGUACCGUGAGGUUUAAGAAGCAAAAAACAUGACAGCCUCUUUAGCCCUGGGUACGUCACUUGACCCCAGUGAGCCUCAGUUUCCAUACCCAUAAAAUGGCGAUGGUAAUUAUACUGGCCUCACAGUAUCUGAUGACAUCUCUGGAGCCUAUUUAUCUCACGGGAAAAUUUUUGAAGAGUGAAACUAGUUGAUCUCAAAGUGUGGGCUACACACAUCUAUAGUCGCUGAGGCUAAAGCUUGACUCGAGAGAGGAGAGGAAGAAAGCAAGCAUGGUCAAGUGGCAGAGGCCUGAGGGAGCUCAAUCCUGGUAGCAACACCCCUGAAUUCCUGGUGGUAAGAGGAUGUGGCCCCAGGACCCAUCCCGGAAGGAGGUGCUGAGGUUUGCAGUCAGCUCCCGUAUCCUGACUCUGAUGCUGCAGGCCCUCUUCAAUGCCAUCAUCCCAGAUCACCAUGCAGAGGCCUUCUCUCCUCCUCGCCUGGCCCCCUCAGGCUUUGUGGACCAACUCGUGGAAGGUCUUCUGGGCGGCCUGUCUCGCUGGGAUGCUGAACACUUCUUGUUCAUUGCUGAGCAUGGCUACCUGUAUGAGCACAACUUUGCCUUCUUUCCUGGUUUCCCCUUGGCCCUGCUGGUGGGGACUGAACUGUUGAGACCCUUACGGGGGUUACUGAGUCUACGCAGUUGCCUGCUGAUUUCAGUAGCAUCACUCAAUUUCUUGUUCUUCAUGUUGGCUGCAGUUGCACUUCAUGACCUGGGUUGUCUGGUUUUGCACUGUCCCCGCCAGUCCUUUUAUGCAACUCUGCUUUUCUGUCUCAGCCCUGCCAAUGUCUUCCUGGCAGCUGGUUACUCAGAAGCUUUGUUUGCCCUCCUGACAUUCAGUGCCAUGGGGCAGCUGGAGAGGGGCCGAGUCUGGACGAGUGGACUCCUCUUUGCCAUUGCCACUGGGGUACGCUCCAACGGGCUGGUCAGUGUUGGCUUCCUCAUGCAUUCUCAAUGCCAAGGCUUUUUCUCUUCUCUUACGAUGCUGAAUCCUCUGAGACAGCUCUUUAAGCUGAUGGCCUCUCUGUUUCUGUCAGUGUUCACACUUGGCCUUCCCUUUGCCCUCUUUCAGUAUUAUGCCUACACCCAAUUCUGUCUGCCAGGCUCAGCCCGCCCCAUUCCUGAGCCUUUGGUACAGUUAGCUAUAGACAAGGGCUACCGGAUUGCAGAGGGAAAUGAACCGCCUUGGUGCUUCUGGGAUGUUCCACUAAUAUACAGCUAUAUCCAGGAUGUCUACUGGAAUGUUGGCUUUUUGAAAUACUAUGAGCUCAAGCAGGUGCCCAAUUUUCUACUGGCUGCACCAGUGGCUAUACUGGUUGCCUGGGCAACUUGGACAUACAUGACCACCCACCCUUGGCUCUGCCUUACACUUGGGCUGCAAAGGAGCAAGAACAAUAAGACCCUAGAGAAGCCCGAUCUUGGAUUCUGCAGUCCUCAGGUGUUUGUGUACGUGGUCCACGCUGCAGUGCUGCUGCUGUUUGGAGGUCUGUGCAUGCAUGUUCAGGUUCUCACCAGGUUUUUGGGCUCCUCCACUCCUAUUAUGUACUGGUUUCCAGCUCACUUGCUUCAGGAUCAAGAGCCGCUGUUGAGAUCCUUAAAGACUGUGCCUUGGAAGCCUCUUGCAGAGGACUCCCCACCAGGACAAAAGGUCCCCAGAAAUCCUAUCAUGGGACUUUUGUAUCACUGGAAAACCUGUUCUCCAGUCACACGAUACAUUCUAGGCUACUUCCUGACUUACUGGCUCCUGGGACUACUCCUACAUUGCAACUUCCUGCCUUGGACAUGACCUGGGGACUCUCCAGGGACAGGCUGGAAGCCAACUUAACCCAGGGGUCUGAAAUACACAAAUACACAUUGGAACUGCCUCUGCUGCCCUGGGAUCAUUACUGUGUCCAUUAUAAUCUUUCUCUUUCUCUUUGAAAGCUGGUCAGCAAUGGGAGAAGUGUCAGCCACUAGACAGCCCCUUCUGGUCCUGGCUAGGGCAAAUUUUAGAUAACUAUUUUCUCUGUAAGUGAAGAUUGUCUUAUUCCAAGUCUAAAAUACACCUGGAUCUGUCUAGUCAAUCAACAUAGCAGAGACGGUCUUAAACCUACCAUUGACCUGUGUGUAAAUUUAAAUGUCAAUUUAUUGAAGUGUAAAUUUCAUCAAAGGCAUUAGCUGACAGGCUGGUAACAGUCCACACAAGAUGAUACAGGCCUGAACAGUGUAGUGGCAGUAGUAAAGUGGGACCAUUUUUUCCAAAUGGGACAUUGUUUCUGAUGUAUUUUUUUUAUGAUUUGUGCAUGUAUUUUUAUUUAUAUGAAAAAAAUCUUACAAAGAUAUGCAAAUUAAACUUCUUUCAGUU